CGAGGCCCCGAAGCGGCGGCGGCCCCGGCUGCCUGCGCCGCUCGGCGGGGCCGGGCCUGGGCGGGGCCGGACGUGAGCGCACUUCCGUGGCGGCCGCCAUGGCGGCAAAAAGUCCUGCUGAUGGUACUCCAAGAAGACCUGUUUUACCUGUCAGUGCAAGAAAAAUUAAAGAUAAUGCAGCAGACUGGCAUAAUUUAAUGAUGAAAUGGGAAAGACUGAAUGAUGAUGGAUUUACUACAGCAAACAAAAUAAUCAACAUGAAGAUCAGUGAGCAAUUUCAAGACAACAAACUGGAGAUAGCAUGUGACAACGGUGCUAUAGAAUCUGAAAAGCCAGUUCCAAAAUACAAUGAAGAACUGGACAAUUGCUGUGCAGAAUUACUUGAGACCUUAAAGCAUAUGAGAAAAAUACAACUGAAAAUGGAAAGGCUUACUUCGACUACUAAAGCAAUCUGUGACUUGGAAGCAUUCCACCAUGGCGCCGGGAAUUGCACAGCACCCUUCUUUCAUACGUGGCCCACACCAUACUUCUCUGAUACUCCUUUUUGUUCAUGGGACAGUCUGGUUUUGAUUGCUUUAUCCAUUUUAAGUGCAGCAGAGAAGCUACAGGUAGGAGGCCAAGUCCCCUGUAAUCAGAAAGAGGUAAGCACUAUUUGGUGGUCUGAGGGGAUUCAAUGCACAUAGACACAUACAGCAAAUAAUGUAACUACUUUCCAAGUCUUGACAGUCUAAAAUAUCUAUGUUGUCCCUUUCACCAUAGAAAUUCAGCACUUCUUGAUGCUCUGCGGUUGGGUUUUUUGCAAGACUUAACAGGGAUAGUGCUUUUGUACUUGCUUUAUAAAUGGGGAAAGGGAAAGGAAAGCACAAAAGCACAAAAAGCAGGAUCCAAGAGUGGAUCCAGAAGGAUCCACACGGUCUGGUAUGUGGUUCUGAAAUGCUGUCUCACACACUAGUGUAAAUUCUGGUUUGGUUUUGGUUAUAGUGUGGUUAGGUACAUCUGCCUUGAAAAGGGAUCCAAGCCUGCAUGUACGCUGGGAAGGUUUAGCACAACUCACCACUCCACAGUCGUCAUACGAAAAGGUCUUGUCUCUUAAUUCAUUGUAACUUUUUUCUUUUAGAGAUGUUUCAUGAAAGCAUCUGUUGAAUAAAAAUGAGACCUGCUUCCGUCAUGGCCUUAUCCCAUAUUGUUUGCUUCCUGUCAUAGGGGUCAGUGAGCUUUUCCUUGGAUUACUGUGCCUGAUGACAAGUGGUUUUGGUUUAAAGGUGUGCCCCCUCUGUAUUUUUGGUUAGCAGUUUACAUGACAAGGAUCGAUGGCUUGAAUUCUUGCUUUUCUUUUUCAUGCUGCUUUCUUGGAAAAUACAGUAAAGAGUGUGUUUGGGAGAAACAGUUAAUGCAAAAGCUAACUGCUGAAGUGGAAUUCAAUACCCUAAUUCGCUUUCACUCCUAAAGGCGUAAUAAUCAUGGUAGUGCACAGUUAGGUCAAACCUGGGUAGCGUGGUGAAGCUGCUACACCUACCCAGCCCUUAAUAACCGUUAGCUGCUACUGCAAAUUACCACUUUUCAGAGUGUAUUACGAUGUGAAAACUAUGCAGCCGUGCCAACAAAUUUUUAGUUAAAUCCCUUAGGCCUUCUGCUUCCUUCAUUACAAUUAAUAAUCUAUAGCCUUCCCAUUUACUGAUUGCCUGUAUGACCUGCUCCUAUAUAAACUGUUGAUUUAGAUCUCUUAUUUCACACGCUUAUGUAGAGUUUCUAAGUCCUGUUGACUCCUUGUUGUGCCCUAAUGGAUGUUUACCCAUGAUUCUCCUUGAAGCAAAUAUUUGACACAAAAUGCACACUACUAUGAAAUGACCGUAAUGCAUGGGGUUUGACACUAGAUAAAUCUAAUUAAAACAGUGAGAGAUUCUGGAACAGAUUUCUGAUAGGAAAGGUAGGGCCGCUUACAUAACUAGUUCCAAGCUGAAACCCCACAAGCAUGGUAAGGGAAAUAGGUAAAUUUCCUGCAAUAAUGGGACAGAUGUGAAUUGGAAAAGUUUUCUCAACAUGUUGCUCUGUUCAACGAGGUUGUUUCUGACAGCUUAAUAGUGUUCUAUUCUUACCCUAAAUUUCUAGCAUCUAAAAAGAAAUUCUGCUGUAGCUCAAGGAGAAUACAAUCAGUUAUGAAUAGCUUUGUUGAGUUUUAUUAUUGUUCUGUGCAAGUGUUCCACCUAGUUUGACAGCCACCUUAAUUUAUCUGAGUAGGGCCAGACCCUUGUCACUCUGGAAACACCUUCAUACUUGAAAAGUAUUUUCCAGGGAGAAGAGGUUGGUUCACUUACAGAAUUGGUUUUUUAAGAUGAGAGUAGGUGUGUUUUAUUUCCCAGCAUGUGCAAAUCAAUAGGGAAGGCAGAAUUGAAGCAAAUUUUCAUUUUCUGCACAGGUGGAAAUUAUCAUUUGUUCUUGUUUCUUAGAGGAAAUAAGCUCUUCAAAAAGAGUCCUCAUAGUCACAGACCCCCUUGCUCACUGACAGCUCUCGGACACAGGAAGAUUGCUGCAAAAAUCAUUGCAGAGAUGUUUUGUCAUUAUAGCUCUAAGCAGUUGAUUGUUACAGUUGAAGCCCUCAGAUGUAGUGACGAGACAAUCAGUAUAAAAAGAGUGUAAUAAAGAAUUGCUCACUGCAAUCAAACACUUUGAAAGACCAGCAGAACCUUGCUUGGUAUGGUACCUUCACUUAUAAGGUAGGCCUGUAUCUUCUGGCUGUAAGCACCUCCUUAAAAAAAAAAAAAACAAAAAACAAAA